UUUUGACAGUUGCAGCUGUCACAACAAAGGGGCAGCGUUUUUUUUUCAUUUUGUUUCCGGACAGAACAAAACAAUACACAGUUGCGUAUUCCGGCGGUGGUUCCCGGAUCGGAUUAAUUUCGCGUAUUUUUUAGCAUUAUCGAUUGCAUCGUUUUAAAAGUCGCCGAUGGGGUGUUUUCACUGAAAUUGGAGUUCAAUCUUUUGCUCAGUAAAAGUAAAUCAUUCCGGAGCGUUGCUUCCCGAUGAUACAUUAGAGGAGUACUGGUAAAAAACAACCGUAAAAAAGCACUCCACACCAUGACUGUAACGAUUAGAAGACUGCACCGGGGACAUCCUCCGUCGACGGCGGGACAUUAUGCAGGGUCCCAGGCGCUGGCGGCAAGUGGCGCUGCCGGUGCGCAGCAACGCAGCAACAAUCCGGACAGUAACGGCGAGGAGGAUGGAAGUGCCAUGUACACGCCGUUCCCGAAGCACGUGCCGUACCCGAACACGGAGCAAAGCUCGGAGCUGAUGAACGAGCUGUUCAUAUUCGGCUUCACCAUCAUCGCCAGUGCGACACAGUUUUUGCACCUGUACCGGUCCGUCUGGUGGUUGCCGAAUUCGUACAACCGGCAGGCGGUGAACUUUUACCUUAUCGACUGGGAUUUAGCCAUCUUCAUCGACAUUAUGGCGAGCCGGCGGCUCCUGUACUGCUGCAUCCUGAGGUGCAUCGAUGCCAACUGCCCGGAAGCGUACGCGGACGUAAGCAAAAAGGUGGCCAAGUACACGUUCCUUGCGUUUGUGCUCGCGUCCUUCGUUGGCUGCGGCACGCAGAUCUACCAGAAGGCGAGCUACAUCCAUCUGUUCGUGCUGAGCUACCCGCUGGUACUGUACCUGAUGAUAUUCGGCCUCAAUCUGGAGCAGUUUCUGCGCACGAUCGUCGACACCGAGCCGAACUGCAUCAACGGGAUGCCGCUGCACAGCUGCUCCUCCAGUGCGGGCGCCAUCCGGACCGAGAUCGACGCACUGCGGACGGACUUUAACGCACGCUGCAAGCAGAUCGUCUUUACCUCGCUGCUGAACGCGUACUACGCCGGCUUCGUGCCGUGCGUGCUGGCCUCGAAGCAUCUGUACUACAACAACUUCUGGACCACGCAGCAUCUGGCGUGCGUGUUUGUCGGCGGGCUGACCAUGUGCGUCACGUACUGCUUCCCGAUGCGGUACUGUGACGUGUUUCACCGGGCCGCACUGCAUCUCGGCCAGUGGCAGCGGGUUAGCAAUCGGUCGAACAGCGUGCCGACGUACACGUGGUCGAAGACGAACAUCUACCCGCACGGGACGUACGUGCGGCACAUGGGCGAGGUGUACCGGUCGGUGGGCUACUGCACAUCGGCCGUACCGGCCAACACUAGCCAUUAUAGAUUUUACGCCAUUUUCAGCAACCAUAUCGUGAUCUAUCUGACACUGUUCGCUGUGCAGAUGCUGCUGAUAGUGCUGCAGCUGGCCAUAUUUGCGCUCACCCCGGAGUGGCAAAACGUGCUCUCGGUGGCGUUUCUGUUGCUGAUCAACUUUUUCACCCUGUUCCGGAUCGCCCGGGACUACUUUAUCGCCCGCCGGAUAUACGCCAACGAGCCACUGUACCUCGGCAUGCGCAUGCAGUAGUGCGUGGAAGGCCCUCACACAUCUCAGCUCAGUUUCUUCAGUUGCUCUGAGCAGCCGCUAGCCGGGCGGUUGUAAUUUAUUGAACUAACAACUAUGAACAAUCAAUACACGAACUCUAAGCGUUACGAA